AUGGAUGUUUUAAGAAGGAAUAACGUGCUAAAUCCGAGAAUUAAAAGGAGCAGGAGUAUAAUUGAAAGGGAAGAAGGAAACCAGGAACAUAGCAGCAACAAUAAUCAUCAACUUGUCAUUUAUACGAAUUCUUUUAAGAACAAUUCGUUGUGUUAUGCAUGGAAUGCAUAUUUUGAUAAGAAUAAAAUAAAAAAAAAUAUUAUGGUUUGUUGCGAUUUAAAUAAAAUUUGUGAUGAUAUAUUAAAAGGAGUGGAGAACAAUAGUUUGACAAUUAAAACAUUUUCCUUUUUACUUAUUGGAGUAUGUAACAUAUACAAAAAGAAGGUAUAUUUUAUUGGUCAAGACUAUGAUUUUUUAAAAAGGAAAAUUCUGUCUCUAUACAAAAAUAAGGAUAGUGAUUUGAACGAUCCCACACUAACUAGUAAGGAUUCCAAGAGAAGAAAAAUAGGAAAAGACAAUGAAGACGAUAGUAAUAAAAACGGAAGUAAAAAAAGAUUAAACAGAAAUUCACUUAAUAUAAAAAGGGGAUCUCUCAGUAUGAACGAAUUCAUUCCAUCUGUAAUGGACGAUUUUACAGCAAGAAGAUCUCGAUUUUCCUUAAAUGCUGAUGAAAUAAGUAUUGCAGGAACGCAGAAUAAUGGAUAUAAUGACAUGUUUAAUGAUAAUGAAAUGAAUAAUCAAAUGCUUAUGGAUAUCUCUGGAAUAAAUUAUCUUAACUUUGACACAGGAGGAUAUGAUGAUAAUGAUAAUAUUAAUAGUAAUGAUAGAAUAAAUAAUAACCAUAUUAAUGUUAAUAAUGGAAGUAUAAGUAAUCGUAGUAGCAUGGGAAAUUAUCAUGUUAUGGAAAAGGCCUUAGAUGGUUCAUACAUUUCUAGAAAUAGCAUUCCUAUGAACAAUUUUGAUGGACUAAAUUCGCAUAAAUCAUUGUCCGAGGCAUUUAAUGACCCCAUGGAUAAUUUUAACAUCGAAAAUUCUAUAUUGAACAAUAUGAUUCCAAAGAAUAUGUUUCCCAAUUUGGAAGAUUCGAUGAAUGAAAGGAGCAAUAUGAUGGGAGAAUUCAAUAAUUUAGAACUGAAUUCAAUGCACAGGAGCGAUGGGUUCAAUUGUAUGAAUCGUUUCAAUGAUGGAUCGGCUAAAUUGGACAAUGCAGAGAGAGGGAAUUUCCUGAACGAUUAUACCAAUGUGGGAAAUGAACAAGCGUUCCACGGGUAUAACAAUGGUAUGGAUUCAUUUCAUCAACCUUUUGGAAACAUAAAUGCACAAGAAAAUGAAAACGGAAUUAUGCUGAACAGCAACAAUCGAAAUAAUUUAAUGAACAAUUUUAGUGGUAUUAUUAGCCCAUCUAGGAAUUUGUCUAAUGUACCUUACAACCUUUCUCCAGGAAAUAAGAAUUUCAUGGGAAUGUAUAAUAACAUGAAUACGUCAAUGAAUAACAGAAAUGAUCUAUGGAAUUUGAACCCGUUUAUGAGUAUGCAUUCAUUGAAUAACAAUAAUGUAGAUCCAAGAAAUAAUUAUCCUCAUUUUUCUCAAAGGAUUCCAAAUCAUAAUAAAUUUGGAGAUUUAGAUAUGAUGAGUAAUGUUAUGGUAGGAAGCAUGUUCAGUCCGCAAAAAAAAAAAAACAUGUCAAAGAAGAAUGACUAUUUGGGAGCCCUAAAUUUUGAAUCUUACCAUAAUUUUGAUUAUUUUGAUCAGAAGGAUGAUGAUGCAUUUAUUAAGAAAUUGAAUACAUUGCUUGGAUUGGAUGACGAUGAAGAAGAGAAGGAAGCAGAAAAAGGAAAAGUGAAUAAACCAGGUGAAGAUAAAGGAGUUGAUGAUGGAAAUAAUAUAAAUGACGAAGAGGGAAAACAGAAGAAUUCCAAAAUAACAAAUGCUGAGGAACAUACAAAUAACCAACUUCUUGUUAUUGAGGGUCAAGGUAAAGAUAAAGACAAAGAGGAAGCUUCUGUUCUGAAUGAAUCAUCAUCAAAUCAGCUUGUAGGGAAAAAAAGAAAACUAGAAAAACAUACUAUUGAUAAAAAUUAUAUGAUUAAAGAUUCAGUAAUGAAAACGAUGAUAAAAAAUGAAAGUGUAGACUAUAAGCAUUUUUUAAUAGAUACGAUAAACAACGAAAUAAAUGAAAUGAUGCAGAAGGAAUAUCCAUCAUUUAAUUAUUUCUUUUUGCAAACAAGCAAUGAUAAAAUAAGAGCAGUGCACAAAUUAGAAAUAAAUUUUGGUUAUGAAUCAAUGGAUUGCGAGAAGAAGAAAAAAAUAUUUGAAAGUUAUUUAGCGUGUUCAGCUAAUAAUAAAUCCUUUUUAUAUGAAAAUAAAAGUGUGUUUGAUCAUUUUAGUAUAAAAAAAUGUUUGGACAAUAUUGAUGAUAGUAUAAUGUCUAAUGAUAAUGAUACACUUUCUAAUCACUUCCUAUCAUUUGAUGGGAUUCACGAAGAAGGGACCAUGAAAAGUGAUAAUAAUAUGAUGAUGAAUUUUGAGGAAGUGCGAGAACAAUUUGAUGGAAUGCAAUUUGACAUGCAGAAUGUGAACUAUACAAAUGAGUAUAAAAAUAGAUUCAGUAUAGAUCCAUCUUUGUCGCAAAAUGAUCAGAUAGAUUUAAAUUUGAACGAUUUAAAUUUGAAUGAUUUAAAUUUGAACAAUUUAAAUUUGAACGAUUUAAAUGUGAACGAUUUAAAUGUGAACGAUUUAAAUGCGAAAGGUUUAAAUGAAAAGGAUGACAUGGGAUAUAGUUUACACUUAGAAAGUCAAAUGUCAAAAAGUUUAGUAAUACAAGGAGAAAAUGGUAUCACAGAAAAAAAUGACGAAAUGAGUGAAAAUGGAAACUUUUUAAAUGAUAGGCUGAAUUCCGAAUUUGAUCCCUCGACAACGUCCCCUUUAAAUUUGUCUAUUACAUCAAAUUAUGACUUCUCAAAUGUUUUUACUAAAGACAAUGAAAGUUCAGUACUGGAUGAUAAAAAUGUUCAAAUUGACAUAAAUUUAAAUCAAGACUUUGAUUUAAUUGUAAAGGAGUUACUGGAAGUGUAUAAAAAUUUAUCUACGAAAAUUAAUUACAUUUUUUUUGAUCUAAUAACAAAAAAUAGAAAAUCGAAGGAUGAAAUAUCUGUUCUGUUUUACAUCACUUUACACUUGGCAAAUUUGGGGUACAUACACAUUGUGCAGAAGCCUAUACUGCCCGACCAGUUGGCUUCUUAUAGUGAGAACUUCUCGAGGCCUAUAUUAAUUCAGUACGUAGGUCAGAGAGAUGAAUGA